AUGGGUCUAUUUCCCCUGCAGGGUCGCGCCCUCACGGUCGCCAUCACCAUGACCUGUGGAUUUUCUUUUAUGCUCUUUGGCUGGGAUCAGGGCGUCUUCGGCGGCAUCUUGAACGACCCGACGUUUGCAAAGCAGUUCAAGAACCCAAAUGCGACAAUCCAAGGCCAAAUUGUAUCGACCUAUGACAUUGGCUGCAUCAUCGGCGCCAUCAUAUCCAUCUAUUUUGGCGACAAGCUGGGCCGUCGCAAGUCGAUUGCCAUGUCGUGUGCCUUUGUCAUUGUCGGAGGCCUUUUGCAAGCGUCUUCUUUCUCCCUGGCACACAUGAUCGUUGGCCGCGUUAUUGCCGGUCUGGGAAUCGGGCAAAGCACAGCCGUAGUGCCCAUGUGGCAAGCUGAGACCAGCAAGGCAGAGCACCGUGGCAAGCUUGUCGCUCUUCAAAUGGUCAUGGUGAUCUUCGGAAUUGAUCUGACCAGUUGGAUCAAUCUGGGGAUGACCUACGUCUACUCAAACGAAGUCAGCUGGCGCUUUCCCAUCGCGAUGCAAUGCUUCUGGGCCUUCGUCACGCUCGGAAUGCUUGCCUGCACGGUGGAGUCUCCGCGUUGGCUUUGCUACAAGGAGAGACAUGCGGAAGCUCAGGUGGUGCUAGCUCGCCUUGCUGCCAAAGACCGUGAGGACCCGUCGGUCAAGAUCGAGCUGAAGAUCAUCAGCGAUGCCAUCGCAGCCGAAAGAGCUGGAGGAGCCGUUGGUUGGCGUGAGGUCUUUUCAGGCGGUGAACAGCAGAACUUCCGACGCAUUGUUUUGGGCGCCGGUACGUCCGUCUUUCAGCAGAUGGGGGGAAUUAAUGUGGUAAGCAUUCGAGACACACAACUGAUUCCUUCCCCCGUCUUUGUCCCUGAUGUCUGCCGGUUUCUGGGUCGCAAUACUGACAGUAACCCCGCCAAAAACGGGCAGGUUGUAUACUAUUUUCCGGUGAUCCUGACCAAGUCAUUUGGCUUCAGCAACAGGCUAGCCCUGAUCCUGUCAGCCAUUGACUUCAUUUCCCUCUGCGUCUGGGGCUCCGUGAUCAUGCUGCUGAUCGAUCGCUUCGGACGUGUCCCCCUCAUGCUAUUUGGGUCUAUUGGAUGCGGCACAUGCUUCACCCUUACCACCAUCGGUCUCGGCAUUGGAACAAAGGCCAGCUACGCCAUGGCUGUGUCGUUCAUGUUUGGAUAUCAUCUCUUCUACGGCCUCUCGUACCUGGCCAUUCCAUUCCUCUACCCCUCCGAAAUCAACUCAUCACGGAUGCGCAGCAUUGGCAACAGUGCUGCCAUGGUUACGAACUGGGUUUUCGUGUACGUCGUGGUCAUCAUGACCCCCAGCGCCAUCUCAAACAUCUCCUGGAGGUUUUACAUCAUCUUCGCCGUGCUUAACUUCGCUUGGUUCCCCAUCGUCUGGCUCUUCUACGUCGAAACCAAAGGCCUGUCCUUGGAAGAGGUCGACCGCAUGUUCAAGACCAAGUAUCACGCCGGCAAGAGCAUGAGCUACAAAGAGGCGGCGCGCUUGGCGAAGGAGGAGACUGAGGAACUCAAGAAACAGGAGGUUGAAGGUGCCGACAAGGCCGUGGUGGCCGAGGUCGAGAUCGAGGAGAAGUAG